UUGGAGACUCAGUUACACCAGUAGCACCGCUUCACGCAGAAAUCUCUCACUUCUUGGAUUAACACACAGCCACUGUGAUGCUUCUCUUCUUGGUUAUUCCUUAUCUGUCUCUUAUCAUUGCAGUCAGAGUGUCAGCUGUUAUUCAGCCCAGUCCUGACACUGGUGUUUGCCCCCUGGGUCACUUCCCCUGCGGUAACCUCACGGAGUGCCUGCCCCAGCCGCUGCACUGCAAUGGGAUCGCGGACUGCAUCAAUGGAGCCGAUGAGGAGAACUGCGUUGAUAACAGUGGAUGGCCUCAUCUUUUUGAUGCCUUUUUAAAGAAAAAUGUUGAAGAGACAAAGGAUUGUUUGCUGGAUUUCUAUUCUGAGGACUGCCAGUGCGAGGGCAGAAGAGUGGACUGCAGUAACAAGGACCUGCAUGCUGUGCCAGCGGUCUCCUCCAACGUGACUGCUCUAGAUUUGAAGAACAAUCACAUUAGAUCUUUAUCAGCUGACCUUUUCAUCAGAUACAAAAACCUGGAGAGGCUACACUUGCAGAAUAACAGCAUUGAAACCAUAUCUAACAAGGCUUUUUCAGGACUUUUCAAACUUCAAAAACUAUUCCUCAAUCAAAAUCACAUUACCACACUGAAGGCAGGGGUCUUCCAGGAUCUUCAUCAUCUCGAAUGGCUAAUUCUGGAUGACAACAAAGUAAGCACGAUCACUCAGAAGUCAUUUGUAGGACUCCAUUCCCUCUUCUUUCUAUCUCUGCUGAACAAUUCACUGCAGCAAAUCCCCAGGAGCUCCAUCUGUGUGGAAAUUCAAAGAUUAAACUGGCUAGAAAUGGAAGGAAAUCUGAUUCGAUCCCUGCACUAUUCAGCUUUCAGGGAAUGUGCUGCCUUGACAGUGCUAGUGCUGCGUAGGAACCGAAUAAGAACACUUGAAGAAGACACAUUUUCUGCCAUGCACAAGCUCAUAGAAUUAGACUUGUCCGUCAAUAGAAUUCAAGAGCUUCCGUCUUCUUUAUUCCGAAACCUACGCAGUCUGAGGCAGCUGAAUAUUUCACACAACCCUCUGUCUCAAAUCCACGACGAUCAGUUUGACAGCCUCGUUCAUUUGCAGUCACUAAGUAUAGAGGGAAUAGAAAUUCAAAACAUGCACCAUCGAAUGUUUAAAAAUCUGGGAAACCUUUCACACAUAUAUUUUAAGAAGUUUGAGUACUGUGGCUAUUCUCCGAACGUGCGCAGCUGCAAGCCCAACACAGAUGGCAUCUCCUCCUUCGAGAACCUGCUGGCUAAUAUCAUCCUGCGAGUGUUUGUCUGGGUGGUGGCCUGCAUCACCUGCUUUGGGAAUGUGUUCGUAAUCUGCCUGAGGUCCUGCAUCGCUACAGAGAACAGGCACCACACCAUGUCUAUAAAGUCUUUGUGCUGCGCAGACUGCUUGAUGGGGGUCUACCUCUUCUUCAUUGGUGCGUUUGACAUCAAGUACUAUGGGGAGUACAACCGUCACGCCCAGAACUGGAUGGAAAGCACACAGUGCCAGCUCAUCGGUUCCCUGGCCAUGCUGUCCACUGAAGUAUCAGUCAUGCUGCUGACGUACAUGACCCUGGAGAAGUACCUCUGUAUAGUCUUCCCCUUCAGUAACUACCGCGCCGGGAAGAAGCAGACCCUCUCCACCCUCAUCGCUAUCUGGCUGCUGGGCUUCAUCAUUGCGGUGAUCCCUUUCUGGGACAAGGACUCCUUCGGGAACUACUACGGGAGGAACGGAGUCUGCUUCCCCCUCCACUCCGACCGGACUGAGAAACCUGGAGCCAGGAGCUAUUCCACUGGGAUAUUUCUUGGCUUGAACCUGUUUGCCUUCAUCACCAUAGUCUUCUCCUACACCAGCAUGUUUUAUUCAAUUCGGAAAACUGGAGCCCAGACGGCCGAGCGGAGCGUCUUCCACCGAGAGGUGGCCAUCGCCAAGCGCUUCUUCUUCAUCGUGUUCACCGACGCCCUCUGCUGGAUUCCUAUAUUUCUGCUCAAAAUCCUCUCGCUGUUGCAGGUGGAAAUACCAGGUACCAUAACCUCCUGGGUGGUGAUCUUCAUCCUGCCAAUCAACAGUGCGCUGAACCCUAUCCUGUACAGCAUCACAACCACUUCCUUUCAGGAGAGACUCAAGCACUGCCUGCAGAUGAAAUGGCAGCAGCUGGGAGUCAAAGAUCAUCGGCAAAGCAUUGCCAUGUCAACCAUAAACACAGCAACGUAGUGACGCGUCUCACAGCAUCGGGGCGGGGCUACACACCGCUCCUGUAAACUCACCGGGGAUCCCAAGACGUAACUGAAUUGAGUUUGGCCUUUUGCCUCCACCGAUUCUAGAUCGCUGCCAUUGUCGUCAGCUUAUUUUCAACAGUGUUGACAGUGUACAGCACACUGCUGGAGCACCUUGAACUCAUUCCAAGAUUUUGCGUUGCUUAUUUGCGUGGAACCAGAAUUGGGACGUGGCUGUAAAGCCAGCCAGGCUUUUAAUUGCUACAGCAUUUAAAUAGAGUUGUUCUCUGUGUUCAUGAGUUACUCCCCUCCAUGGCCUCUCAAUUCACAAUCACAAAUUGUAGAAAUACAUUUAUAUUCCUGAUUCUUGUGGCAAAAAAAAAACAAAACAAAAACACCACCACUCUUUCACUGCACUUGUGUUUCUAUAUUGUGAACACAACACUCUUCCGGUAUCUGUAAUAUGAAUACAUUUUCUUUGCUUUUUCACUGCCUCUUUGGGGUUUGUAAACUAGAUUCUUUAUUUACAGUAGAUUAAUUACAAAUGAAAUGAAAAGGUAGACAGAAGGGCAAGAGGGAGUAUUUGCACAUCAUUUUCGAAAUCUAUGGCAGUGUGUUUUUAAUAGGGAGAACUCAACUUCUCAGUUACUCUCGUCACUGCCUAGCCAAGUUGGAGCUGUUCAAAUGCUACCUCCUAGUGGCAAUCAAAGGGAACUGCAACACAUGAUAAACAUAAAUUUAAAGUCAUCAGCUGAGAUUCCAAAGUGUGCCAUUUCAGAAAAACCGGUGAGAAAAAACAACACAGAAUGACCGGGUUGGCAAUGAACUGCAAUUUUGGUUCCUCUAUUUCAAACACGAGAGAUCGGCAGGAAACAUUUGCUUCUCUUCACAAACGAACCCUGCUGUGUCGUCUAGCUUCUGUCUUACAAACCUCUACCUCAUCAAAAAGCGAUUCAAACAAGAACUACUGCGUGCUGUCCUUCCACAUGAUUGUGAAUGGUUAGGACAACAUAGCAAUGCCAAGGCAAGUAAGAGACACCUUGAGUUUUAUAGAUCUGUGGACAGGCUCCCCACGAGAAGUGGCAUCUUGAUGUACAGUGCCUUGCGAAAGUAUUCGGCCCCCUUGAACUUUGCGACCUUUUGCCACAUUUCAGGCUUCAAACAUAAAGAUAUGAAACUGUAAUUUUUUGUGAAGAAUCAACAACAAGUGGGACACAAUCAU